AUGUCGGAGCUAAGCGACGAAGCCAGUGAGUCCGAGCAGCUGGGCGUGAGUCUCUCCUUGUGGCUUGGGGAGUCCCUGGUGAGUGCCGAGGAACUGGACGUCCCUCUGGACCUUCACACCGCCUGCUCCAUUGGACAGUACGACGUGGUGGCAGAGUGCAUUCAAAGGGGUGAGGUUGACCUAAACAGCAAGAACAUUGGAGGUUGGACGCCCCUGAUGUACGCGUCAUAUAUCGGCCAUGACAACAUAGUCAAUCUCCUUCUGGAAGCCGGCGUGAACGUCAACGCUACUACCGCGAGAGGACAAACUCCCUUAAUGCUAGCGGCUAGCUGCGGGAAUGAAAGCAUUGCCUACUUUCUGCUCCAACAAGGGGCCGAGUUAGAAGUGAAAGACUGUCGAGGUUGGACGGCGCUGUUCCAUUGUACGAGUACGGGUCACCCACAGAUGGUUAAAUUUAUGCUGGAUAACAACGCGGAUGCUAACGUGAGGGAGCCCGGUUCUGGAUUCACACCCUUGAUGGAGGCUGCUGCUUCUGGGCAUGAGAUUAUCGUUCAAUACCUGCUGGAUCACAAAGUGAAAGCCGAUGAGCGCAACGCCAAAGGCGAGACAGCCCGAGCCCUCGCCAUGUUGUACGGCAACACCAAGAUUGCUAGCCUGAUUGAUUCUCGCUCUCCCAGGACCAAACCAGGACACUUUGAAGACCUGAGUUCCUCCGAGGAUUCGGACAGCGGCCCACCAAGGACGCGAGCUAGCCGCAACCGGGCUAAAGGCAUCAGCAUCCACGACGGACCCCAAGCCAUCGCUAAAUUCCGAGUCGGAGGAUCGAGCGACCCGAUUUCCCAACCACCUCGCACGACAAGUGGCUACGUGGCAUUUAGCAAUAUGGACGACGGCAUGCGCUGUCGGGACAUGACUUCGCCCAUUAACGAGCUGGACGGGCAGAGCAAUAGCAGCAGAGAUGACAGUCCAUUCUUUGACAAUGACAUGCCAACCAUGAGAAGCAGUAGCAGCAGCAGUGAAUGUUUACCAAAUGUGAUCGGUUGGGAAGGUUCAGUGGAAAGCAAUGAGGACUCAGACCAGUGUCAAAAAAGUAGCUCACGUCGACUGACAAAGGCGCAUCACUCUAAAGGCAAAAGUCGGCAUGAUGGAGGACCUUCAGGGGAUUGCUCACAAGUUCCGGCGUCAUACAGCGGGCCAAAAGAUUUGGCAGAGUUCUUGGAACAACUCGGCUUCUCAAAGUAUCUGCCGUUACUCGAGGAACAAGAUAUCGAUUUACGCAUUUUUCUCACCUUGACGGAGAAUGACUUGAAAGAAAUCGGAAUCACUUUGUUCGGGCCUAAACGCAAGAUGACCUCCGCGAUCGCGAGAUGGCAUAGCGGCGCUCGACCUCCUAGUGACGCAUUGGAGCAGUCUUACGCCGACCAGUUGGAAGCGGAGAUGCAGGAGAUGGCCAUUCAGCUACACAAACGCUGCGAGCAAGUGGAAGCCCUGCAAAGUCAGGUGUCGCAGGAGAAGGAGCUGCGCACGGUGAUGGAGGGCUGCCUGAUGGAGGACAAGAUGGCAUGGAGGAGAGUCCACGCCGAGCUGGUGGAGAACCACCGGCUGAGCCAGGACAUGAGCGCCACGCUGGCCAAAGCCCGAUCGUGCGGUUCCGAGUUGCUGGCCUCGUUGGACGGACUUCAUCCGGCUUCCGAGCUGGUGAAGGAAAUCAACGCGUACCAGGACCAACUAGCGAACACUUUGCAAACCGUGCUUCAAAGCCUGAGGCGGUUGAGCGCGCCGGAAAAAGUGGCGGAUAGUUGGGAAAGGCCUUAA